GAAACUUAUAACCCAGGUGAUGAAGUGGUGACGCUGCCAGCUGCAGAAAGCUCUCCUCUGCUGAAUGCCUCCCAGCAUGUCUGCUAGAAAGCUUCAGCCAUCGGGGACAUCGCCUCCUCACCCUUCCGCAACUUUCCACCACUCCACGCAGACCUUAUCUUCAGAGGAAGAAGGUACUGAGGGAGAUGAGGAGAGUUCAAUGGAAGAAUUUUUAUUUCCUCAAGAGGAAGAGAGCCCAGAGGAAGACCAGUACCUGGAGGAGGAGGAAAAUUAUCUGAAAGGAAAGGAGUAUCUGUAUGAAAAGGAGUAUCUGAAGGAGGAAAAGUAUCUACAGAAGAAAGAGCUGCUGGAAGGAAAAAUGUUUCUGUAUGAAAAGUUUCUGGAAGAGGAAUUCAAGGCUCGUUCAUCGCAAACCCUGCCUAGUCUUAAAGCAAGCAGCCUUCUCCUCGGUGACACGAUGCCGUCUACAUCCUUGGUGAAGCGCGAUGGAGAGUUCCUGGGCUUGCAGGACCAGAGCACGCAGACGGAGUGGAUCUGUGAAAGCCGGCAGGGAGGGCACAUGUGCUGGAGCGGGGUAGCACAGCCUGGCUGGGACGAGACCUUCGACCAGGCCCCGCCAGCGGGUGUGCUGGCUGGUGGACCACAGCGGGAACCAUAUCUUCUGGUGAACAUAUCACGGAAUCCAAAGGGGCUGGUUGUGACCAGUUCCUAUCAGUCAGUGUUCAGGACCAUGCUCAAAGAAAUGGCAGCUCGCAAUGAACUGGAGGAGGAUAUGAACAUUCCCCUGACUGGUCAUCUGGAGAGUGAGACCAGAAGGAAACUGGGAAUUCUGCUGAAGAAAAAUUUUGGAAAAUAUAAGGAAACAAUCCUCUGGAUUAUGAAGAAACGUGAAAAGACAUCUCGCCUGGUGAAAAGAAGUGGGCGAUCACUACACAGCUCGUGUCAUGAGCCAUCAGAACCCAAAGCUCCCCGUGUGGAGGACACAGGUCUGUUGCCCUCCUAUGGGGCAGCGGGCUCCGUGCAGCGUCAUUGCAGAGUACAUCAAGGUGACGGAAAAAUCAUUCUCUACCCCAGUGAUACUGUCUUCCAAAUUCUCUUUCCCGAUGGAUCAGGCCAGAUAUAUUAUCCAUCAGGACACCUGGCUAUGCUCAUCCUCAGUAUAAAAGAGGGAAAGUUCACAUACAUCAUUCUGGAAGACAGUGAAAAUGUGUGUGUCCGGGCCCUUAUCAACAACUCUGGCCAUGCCACCUUCUAUGAUGAAAAUGGAAACAUCUGGUUGAACCUGAGCCAAAACCUGGGAUACUACUUCGCCAGAGACAAGUACCAGAAGGCCUGGAACUGGUGGGAUCUGAACCUGCACAUCCAUGCGCCCCCCGUCCAGCCCAUCUCCUUGAAAAUCAACCAGUACAUCAAGGUACAAAUAAGGAGCCAGGAUAAGAUCAUCUUCCGCUUCAACCACAAAAAGAAGCACAUUUGCUUAAACCUAGGCACCAAGUACAAGUACAUUACCCCGGCGGUGCUGAGCAAAAUGAAGAAGAAAGCAGUCCUGGAGAUGGAAUUCAGUUCAACGGCUCGGAAGAUCCAGAUCCUUCUGGGAAAAAUGAGUAAGAUCCUGAAUAUACUGACCAUCUCUGACUUGGAAUGCUUCAUACAGGGCAUCAAGAUCUUUCCAACAAGACAAUAUGAGUUGGAGGAGGAACUCUCAUCUUCCAAGCUGGGGCAGUCACCAAAUUGUGCUGCUUCGGCACGUGCUGAAUGUUUCGGGGAUGUGAAGGUGUCCGAAGCCCCAAGGAAACCCCCAAAGCCCUAG